CUUUCCCCCUACAAUUCUCUCUCUCUCUCUUUCUCUCCCUCUACUCGCGAAGUGAAGCAAAAUGAGUAAGCUCCACCGUGAUACCCUUUUUGAAUGCUGUAGUGCUGUCCUGCAAGGAGCCAAGGACAAGAAAAGAAAGUUUGUGGAGACCAUUGAGCUCCAAAUCAGCUUGAAAAAUUACGAUCCUCAGAAGGACAAGCGUUUCAGUGGUACUGUGAAGCUGAAGAACAUUCCUCGUCCCAAGCUCAAGGUCUGUAUUCUUGGUGAUGCCUCACACUGUGAUGAGGCUAAGGCAAAUGACAUCCCUUGCAUGGAUGCUGAAGCUCUGAAAAAGCUGAACAAGAACAAGAAACUUGUGAAAAAGCUUGCCAAGAAGUAUGAUGCUUUCCUGGCCUCUGAGAGUCUUAUCCGGCAGAUUCCCCGUAUCCUGGGUCCUGGUCUAAACAAGGCUGGCAAGUUUCCCACCGCAUUGACACACAAUGACAACAUGGUGCAGAAAAUCGAGGAAGUGCGCUCCACAAUCAAGUUUCAAAUGAAGAAGGUUCUCUGUCUUGCUGUGGCCAUUGGCCAUGUUGAAAUGAGCGAGGAUGAACUUGUGGCAAAUGUCUAUCUUGCCGUCAAUUUCCUGGUCUCCCUUUUGAAGAAGAACUGGCAGAACGUGCGAGCGCUCUAUAUCAAGAGCACAAUGGGAAAACCUCAGCGUCUGUAUUAGAGUUUUGCUUUGUGCAGUAAAUAAAAGUGCAGUGAAAUGCACAUUUGUGACCCAUA